UGUACCUCCUUUGAACGAGGAUGGAACAACAUCCCCGUCCCAGAAGCGAAACUGGCAGGUUACACUCAAUGUAACCCCCAUCCUUUCAACAAAGACGAUGCAGAAUUUAACUAUGUAAAAGGACAUGUACUUCCAGUAGAAUCUGGUAGCAAAAAUUUAAUUAUUCCAUGCCAUGAAUUUAAAUCUUUCAAAUAUGCUGCCCAGAGAAAUGAUUUUGAACAGGAAAUAAAAUUUGCAAAGGAAGUUAUAAAGUUUGCUGCAGCCUGCAUGAACUGUAGAACCAAUGGGACAAUUCAUUUUGGAGUUGAGGAUGGUGGACAGUAUGUACAUGGUGAGAUACUAGGUGUUCCCGUCCCAAGACGAGAACUUUUUGUAAAGGCACGAGACAAGUACAUCAAGAAAUGUUUUCUCCAAAAGCAUCACUCCCAUGCUGAGCAUUCGAUUCGUCCUCCAAGAUUUGUUGAGGUAAUUGGUGAUGAUUGUGGAGAGCAACGCUUUGUUAUUGAAGUUGACAUUGUUCCAUCAUUAUCAGUGGUAAAAGAUGCAUUUUUCCCAGUGCAGAUUCCAGACAUAAGCAAAUCCACAAGUGCCAAAAUAUCAUAUUACCCUCAAUCAUUCUACAGAAGAGAAGGAGCUGCUUCAGUUACUUUUCAAGAAAUUCAUCAACUGUCUAAGUAUUGCCAGGACCGAAGUAUUGAAAGAGAAGAAGCAGAAUGUGAAGAAGAGCUCUCCAGAGGUGAUGUGUACAGGAAACUGUCCAAACUGUUCACAAGUAUAAAGAACACGAGUAGUGAAAUAAAGUAUAUUCUCGUCAUUGACAGUUGUGAGAAAGAUUUGGAGAAUCUUGGCUUUUUGUUAAGAAUGAAUUUUUUCUAUGUUUUAGAUUUUGAUCCCAAUUCUAGUACGCAAGGUUUAUUCAAUUUGCAGUCCAAAGCCAAACCUUAUUUCUUGGAAGAUUGCAUCACUGAAAGAGGCUUAUUGAAUGAUGAAAUUUUAAAAAAAUUCCUUUCAUCAACCAGCUGGAUAUUUUGCAAUGGCCAAAACAGCAAUGGCCAGCAAAAACCUUACAGUGCAAAGUCAUGGAUGGAGAUGAGAAGGGAGCAUCUAGCAAACAUUAUAUCGCAAAUCUGCAAUGCAGUCCUUCCGCCAGGAUCAUUUGAGGUGCUUUUUCUUUUGCUGUCAUAAGCAAGUCAGCCACUUGCAGAGGUAUUUCAUGAAUUCUAUACUGGAAUGAAUGGCAGAAAUAUAAAAUGCAUUGUGGAAGGCAGGGAAAAUUACAAUGAAUGGAGAAAAGUUUUAGAGACUGAAAGUAAUAGAGGGAGCCUCAACAACCUGAGUAUAGUAGGGAUAAAGAUUAGCCAUUUAGACAAUAUGAUUCAGAUCAUUCAGUCCUCUGGCCAACUGUCAAGCAGUUGCUUAAUGAUGACACAAAAUAUGAAGACCUUACUGCCUGUUCUUGAAGUGCUGAGGUCAAACGACUGCAGCUCGGAGGACGUUGACCUGAUGGAUGAGGAGUGGCAGAAAGAAAUCCGAAACAAGGAAACACACUUUUACAAAGGUGGCAAAGUCAGCUGGAUGAAUUUCUGGUAUGCUGAUAAUAAUUACUGUGGGGAAAUUAUAAAAAGAGAUGCAUAUAAAAAAAGUGGAAAAUCACUGAAUUCAUUGCUUGAGGGAGCAACUUCAGCAGAGCCUGUGGCUACUGUGACUAUAAGCCACAUGUCUGGCAGCGGAGGAAGUACCGUGGCUCGUCACAUUCUCUGGGACUUCAGGAAAAGAGUUACAUGUGCAACGAUUAACAUAACACAUGCUGCAAAAUUUAUCUGUGAACAUGCUGUAAAAUUACAGGAGAAUGAAGAAAAUGAUGUGCAUUUACCAGUGCUUCUACUUGCUGAAGACUGUGACAAAGAAUAUAUUGAAGAACUGAAAAUCAAUCUGACACGAGCAGUUGCUGAUUAUUCUUCAAAGCCAAGCUUCAUUCUGCUACACUGCAUAAGGUCUAAAUCCCCAGGAGCGUUGACCAAAGGAUCUGCAGUUGUGGAGGUUAACUAUUUGUUAUCAGAGAGGGAGAAGGUGCAGUUCAGAAAAAAACUGGAUGACCUCAAAGAUCUUUAUGAAGAAAAUUCAAUUCUCACAUUUGUUCUAAUGACCAAAGAAUUUAAUCCAGAAUACCUUUCAAAAUGUGUGAAUGAACUUCUAGGAAGUAUUGGUCAGAUGUCCACUCGUCUUGAGUUAAUUUGUUGUAUUGCAUUACUAAAUCAUUAUGUAGGGGAUUCAUACAUAACUGUGCCUCAGUGUGAGGCAUUCAUAAACAGGUGUGUACAAAGUGAAUGCACACAGCACAUUUCUUUCGAGAGCAUGUUAAGAGAAGGAGCAGGCUACCUGCUCUCCCAUUUAUUUGAACCUUUGACAGAAAUCUUUAGUGUUCGAAUAGUACACUGUAAAGUUGCAGAAGAAAUACUGAAUCAGAUGAUGUCCUGUCAGCCUCAGAGUAAGACUGUUACCCAACUCCUUGAGGAAAGUGUUUUUUCCAAACACUGUGCUGCCACACAAGUGGUGAAGUUCAUCAGGCAAUUGUUUGUUCGAAGAAAGGACCACACAGGUAGAGCUUUUUCUUCCCUUAUUGAAUGUGUAUCAAAAAAUGAGAGUAAAGCUGACACUAUAAAUGUUCUGCGAAAGGCCUGUAAAUGCUUUGAUAAGGAUGCAUUUGUGAUUCAGCAAUUUGCUAGAUUUUUGUGCAAAGAGAAAGAGUUUAAACAGGCUGAGAGCUGGGUGGAAAAGGCAAGGUCACUGGAACCAUCUAAUUCUUAUAUUUUACACACGGAAGGUGAAAUGUAUAACAAAUGGCUUCACUCAGACUUCAGUAUACCACACCUAAACAGACAACACCAAUCUCAACACAUAUUUGCAAAAGCAAUAGAGAUGGCAUUAAAGGCAAUUGAUGCUUUUCAGAAGUCCCAAGAAGCAUCCAAGCUAGAGACUGACUGGAAUAAUGCUGGCUGUUUCGGUGAGAUUGAGGUUGGGUGUUAUGUUGUGAAUUUUAUGUCUGAGCUGGACAUAUUUAAAUGCAGGAAUAGGUGCUACACAAAUCUGGUGAAGUAUUUACUAACAGAAUGGAUCCCAGAAGAAAUAGACACCGUCUUGGGCAGGAUUCAUGAAAAAAUAAAGAUGUUACAUGAUAACAUUUGGAAAACAAUGGAAUCAAUUUAUGAAUACAUUGCUUAUUUCCACCCUGACCAACCAACUGAGGGAAGACUUCUUGAGGAAAAAUAUUUUGAGAAAUUAAUUAAGACUGAAAAACAAUUCUCAUCUUUCUUCAGAAAUAUAAAUGAUGAUUUGCUGAGGCAAAACCAAAUGGAACAUCUGAUGUCCAAAUUAAAAAAUCACAACAUUUAUUUCUUGGGUGGUGGUAGAUUCACUAACAUUUUUUCUCUAGAUCCUGUAAAUUUAAAGAAAAUAAUAGAAUUGUGCAACAAUCAACAUGCAGAUUACAAUAAAAGUGAUCUAGAAAAUUAUAUUUUAUCACACAUUGCACUAGCUGUCAACCAUUCUACAGAUAUUUCUAAAGCAGAACUUGGUGGGUUCAGCUCCAUAUUGUGUGAAAUGUGUGCUUCAGAUGAGUCUCCUAUCCCAUACUUCAUACAAGUGUUACUGCACUGGCCAGAAGCUGAGGAGGCAGAGGAAGAUGACAAGUGUUUAAUUGAUGCAUUAAACACCAUGAACAGAUUGUACAAGAACAAAAUAAACGAUUCCCCAACUAGGAAAAAACCUACUUACCCUCACUUUUUCCUUGGCUCUGGAAAGGGCUUUCAGCGGUUCAUCCACAACAGCCAGGGGGAACGUAGAGAUGGGAUGUACGCAUGGGAACAACACCGUCACAAGCUAUGAUGCAUUGAGGGCUGGACUGAAAACAACAAGGUUUACAUUCAAGGCCAUUCUAGUGAAACUAAGAUUCCUGUCCAUCGUGGACCCAAAUGUUUGAUACCACCCAAGAGCAGAAGAGUUUCAUUUUAUUUAGGAUUUACAUUGCGGG